GUGACCUCUUCCAUUUUCAAGCCUACACCCAUGACGCAUCGUGUGUACCGCGUCGGCUGGCUGGUGGUGCCGCUGACAGCCUUCAACGUCCUUUCCUUUCGGCCAAGACCAGCCUUCAGCGCCUUUGGUCGCAGAAGAAGCUCAGUGACCACGCCAAGCACUCCGGCAAAGCGGUCCUUGAGUGGUCGCUACAAAGAGAAGUUAAGACCGUUGGAUGGUGAGGCAGUUACGAAGUUUGUGGAUACGCACUGCCAUUUGGACAUGGUCAUCCCCCGACUCUCACGGCAGAGCCAUGAGGAUGCUCGAAAAGCAAAGGCGCGAGGGGAUUUGCCUCCAAGGAUAUUGAACGCCAGCUACGAGGAAUGGCGCGCUUCUUUGGUAGGCCCAGAGAAGGGCCUGGAAGCCUGUGUGAAUAUCGGCUGUGGUAAAGCCGCCUUGGACGUUGCUGCGUCCUUCUUGCAAUAUGAUGGCAUCUAUGGAGCCUUUGGCAUACAUCCACUACGGGCGGAUGAAUGGGAUAGCGAGGUCGAGCAGAAAUUGGUGCGGAUGAUGUCUAUGGACAAAGUCGUGGCAUGGGGGGAGUGUGGCCUCGACUACUUUGACAAGAUGACACGUGGGCAAGUCAAAGAUGAAAGAACUCGUGGGCUACAACGUGAAGUCUUUGCGCGGCAAAUCAAUCUGGCUGUUUCGUUGAACAAGCCACUGGUCGUUCACACCAGAUUUGCAGAAGAGGACACACUGGAGCUGCUGGAGAAGCAUUUACCUGACUCGCACCCUGUCCAUGUGCAUUGCUUCACGAGCUCCAAUACCUUGGCACAGUCCCUGUUGCAACGCUUUUCAUCCCUGCGUUUGGGCUUCACUGGUGUGGUAACCUUCGCCAAUGCCCCAGAAGUUCGGGACGUGGUCCAACAAGUUCCUUUGGAUCGUAUCUUGCUGGAAACGGAUUCGCCUUACAUGGCACCCGAGCCCUUCCGUGGACGGAUUGCCCAUCCGGGCCACGUCUCCUACGUGGCGGAUGCCAUCGCUCAGGUGAAGGGCGUCUCGCGGAGUCAGGUCCUUGAAACGUGUCGCAGGAACACGAGGCAAAUGUACGGCAUAUAGCGUAACAAUGUACGGCAUAUAGCAAGUAGAUAUUGCAAAACAGAUGAACAUGGAAAAAACCUGCAGAAAUUUGCAGGAGUUGCUCUAAGACAGAGCAGCAAACUAGGAUGUUGCCGAUUGAUUAAAGGGUGCACUACCUCGUUGUCAUGUCUAUAUAGUGGGCUAACUGUGUCACUGUCUCUAUGAGGAGUGUUUGCCGCUUCCUUGAACCGGUGACUUACCCUGUUCUUGAAAGCUCGGGGUCUG